GAGAGAGGGGGAGGGAGAGCAAGCGAGCAGAGGGACUAAACGCUCACACUAGCGCCCACUGUCUCAGCUUUCACCUUCAGACCUCUAGAUCUCGCUCUUCAGCCUCUCGCUCCGCACGGGCAGACCCACUUGAGACGCUUUCAACGCAACUCAGUAUCAAACUCUUAUCUGGGGCCGCACAGACAAACUCUCCACACAACUCUCCACACAACUCCAGCCUGGCUCCAUGCAUGCCUGUGCAGUGGAGGAAUAAGACUUAAGGAUCCCACUGAGAACAGCCAGACUGCAAGAGCAAGAGCACGGCAACGGAGAACCAGCUCCAACCACUUUUUUCCCUGCUGAGAGAGGGAAGAGAGAGGGGGGGAAAAAACAGAAAGAAGAAAAGGGGGGAAAGUGGGGAUCCCGCCUCCUCUGCUGGGCAGCUGCAAAGUCCGAGGAGCAGAAGCAGAGAGGAGGGUCAGAAAAGGACCGAGUGGGAGUCAGGAGAAAACACCAAGACAGACACCCACUGGGCUGAGGAACUAGAACUAGAAGGACUUCAAAGGACAGAGAACCUUCAGAGAAAAAAAAAGAGAACAGAGAGAGAGAUCCAGCGAGAGACGGGGGAAGAGCGUGCCAGAGCAGGAGGAAGAGGAACAGUGUCAUGGCCCAGGUGCUCGACAGGAGGCCCCCUCAAGUGCGUUCAUCAGAGGAAGAAGGAUAAAGACCCCCUGGCGUCGUCCGCAACCCCCCCUCAUCCCCCACCCCAACGGACAAGGAUGAACGGAGAUGUUCUCUAGCUAACACCACUGGGUUGAAUUAUCCCAUCACCUGAACACUUAGUACUUGUGCGUGCGUGGCGUGCCUGUGUGCACGGGCCAGUGAGCGAGUGCAAGGGGGGUGGGGGUAGAGCGUGAGAGAAGAGCCAGGGGGGGCGCGGAGGGCUGCAUGGCGGUGCAGCGUCUGGUGCUGGCUGCGGUGGCGGUGGCCCUGGUCUCGCUGGUGCUCAACAACACGGCGGCCUGGAGCCCCAGCUGGGUGCUGCAGUCGCUGGACGGCGGACGACGACGCAGCGUGGGCCUCUGGAGGAUGUGCCCGCUGGAGGGCAGCCGGCCGGACGAGCCCGAGGCGGCGGGCACCCGGGGACUCUGCCAGGGGCUCAGCUGGGGCGCGGAUUACGCUGGCCACCAAGAGUCACGCAGCACGGUCAAACUGCAGUUUGACAUGAUGCGUGCCUGCAAUCUCCUGGCAACGGUUGCCCUGACGGCAGGUCAGCUAAUCUACCUGCUGGGGCUACUGGAGCUGAAGUUCAUUACUCAGGACUCCCAGUGGUGGGAGGAGGCCAUUGCUGCCCUGUUCCAGCUAGCCAGUUUUGUGCUGGUGAUUGGUCUGGUGACAUUCUACCGCAUCGGCCCGUAUACGCAGCUGUCCUACUCCUGCUACAUCAACAUCGCCGCCUGCCUGCUGGCCACACUGGCCGCCGCCGUGCUCAUUUGGGACAUUCUGCAUCGCCGCGACGACUGCCUGAGCCCGCGCGUCAUCGUCAUUAGCCGCUCCCUGGCCACCAACUUCAGGCCGCGUCUCGAUAACGACUAUGUGGAGUCGCCGUGCUGACACCAACACAUGCUAACAGUCAUGGACACGGAGAUGAUGGAACGGAUUACUGAUCUUUCUAGAACACCUCCAGAACUCUGACACUGGGUGAAAAUGAAGAGCUGGGGUGAACAGGGAACGUUAAAGCCCACUGCACGCAUGAACACACACACACACACACACACACACACACACACACACACACACACACACACACACACACACACACACACACACACACAAAUGACAGACUAAAAUGGGUUGGGACCUUAAUGGACACUGAGAGGAUGGUUGAAUAUCAAGCUGGAUCUUGACAUAUUUCAUUUUCUGGGCACUUAUAAAAGAAUAGCCAAAAUAUAUGUUAAAUAUCUAAUUGUACACAUGUUUAUACCUGUAGAUAUGAUAGAACUGAGAUCGAUUUAUAACGUCAGAAGGAGCUAGCUAUUCCACACAUAUAAUCAAGGCACAUAUCCCUAUUGUGGAUUCUUUGGUACCUAAUGCUGAUACUCUAUCUUUUAGAUACCUAGCAACAUGCAGGGCACUAUGACCAGGGGGGCAAAUUACAGAACCAAAGAGGGUUUUUAUAAAUACCCCAAUGCCGAUACCCCAAUGCCCACACACCAGCAAUAAAUAUCCCAUUUAUUUGCACUUCAAACAUGCGCUAAUCUAAUGUAGAUGUAUGCAAUGCCCCUCAAUUAGCAUUUGAGGUAAAUAUGGGCUUAGUAGGCUAACAGCAUCUGUAUCACAAGCUGUAGGUAGGUUCAGUGUAUUAAACGGUGAACAAGCGAAAAGAUCUAGAGGUCAGUAUUUACUUCUACAUUGCAGAACAGGAAAUGGAAGCUAUAAAGAUGUAAUAUUCAAUUCAAAAGGUUCCAUUACAACUGAUUAACUAUCUUGCUUAUUGCUACAUAGUAUUUGGCAAGUGUUGCUCUGCAGUGAAGACUGUUAUAAUGAAAUCCAUAUAUAAAAAGCAUGAAAAAGUUGAAUUUCACGACAAGUAAAAAAUAAUGGCUCAACUAGCACAACCAACCAAGUAAUUCAUCUAGACAUGAAUGGGGACUGUUUUCACCAAAAUUAACCAGACAAAUAAAAAAAGUCUACCUCCAAGUUUCUGAACAUGUACUGCUACACAUGACUUGCUCAUACUACACUCUUACCUAAGGACACAUAGACAAGGAUUAGGGCUCAUACUACACUCAUACCUAAGGACACAUAGACAAGAAUUAGGGCUCAUACUACACUCAUACCUAAAGACACAUAGACAAGGAUUAGGGCUGGCCUUUGGCAUGUUUGAAAAAUUUGAAGGGAAAAAAAGUGAAAAAGAGCUGGACAUUCACAAGAUUCACAAGUGUUCCGCUUGUGUAGACACAAAGGAGGGGGUUUUACACAAAUCACAAAUCACUUUAUGACAGAUCCCAUCUAUAUUGAAUGUCUGCUCGCUUGAGGUACAUGUACUUAAAUUAAUUUAAUAUAGUACUGUUUAAGUAUGCUAUUCUGUUAUCCAACACCUUCUUAACAUCUUAUGGACUUUCCAAGGAGGGAAGGAAAAAAAUAAUUAUGGAGGCAAAUACAAUAAAACAUAAGAAGACUAA